AGGCUCGCCGUGAGCCCGUCAGUCAAGAUGGAUCAAGCACAAUUCCUGCAGCAAUUGCAGAUUAUAUUAAAUCCAAGCCAAGGAAAUGUCAAGGAAGCCACAAACACACUGCAAAAGGUGUACUAUAAAAACCCGGAAGCUCUCCUUUUCCUCAUCCAGAUUGCUACCACACACCACGACGCCGACCUGAGACAGCUGGCUGCCGUCGAGGCUCGAUCUCUUGCCAUUAAGCUGUGGGCCAAGGUCCCGGCUGCUCAGAAACCACAGGUCCGCGAGCAGCUUCUUCGCUCGACUCUGGGUGAAAGCUCUGCUCUGGUCCGCCAUGCCUGCGCUAGAGUCAUCUCUGCCAUUGCAGAGAUCGACUUGACUGACGGUGAGUGGGCGGAUUUGCCGCAGUUUCUGCUCAAUGCCUCAACCAGCUCGAAGCAGGAGGAGCGUGCUGUAGGAACGUACAUCCUCUUCGCCAUCCUCGAGACACUCGGUGAGGGCUUCCAAGAGAAGUUUAUGGACCUCUUUGCCCUGUUCGAAAAGACGAUUCGUGAUCCAGAGAGCGCAGAGGUUCGCAUCAACACCCUCCUUGCCCUCAGCAAGCUUGCCGUCCAUCUCGACUCGGAUGAAGAUGAAAAGCCAGUCCAGGCAUUCCAGCAGAUCUUCCCAGCCAUGGUCGACGUCCUCAAGGAUACCAUCGACCAAGGCGACGAUGCCCGCAUAAUGCAGGCCUUCGAGGUCUACCAGACUCUCCUGGGCUGCGAUCCAGAGCUCCUUAACCCCCAUCUCAAGGACCUCGUCAUCUUCAUGAACCAGAUCUCCGCCAACACCAAGGCGGACGACGACACCAGAACCCAAGCAAUCAGCUUCCUCAUGCAGGCCGUCAGCUACCGAAAGAUCCGCAUCCAGGGCAUGCAGCUCGGAGAACAGCUCACCCGUACAUGUCUUGCAAUUGCAACCGAGCUGGACAGCCUGGACUCGGACGAGGAUGAGAUUACGCCUGCACGGUCUGCACUCGGACUUCUGGACAUGAUGUCUCAGAGUUUUGCCCCCAGCCAAGUUGUCGUCCCGCUCCUCAACGCAGUCGGCCAGUACUUCAACAGCUCCGAAGCAAGCCACCGUCGUGCCGGUAUCAUGUCUCUCGGCAUGUGUAUUGAUGGAGCGCCGGACUUCAUCAGCACCCAGAUGAAGGAAAUCCUUCCUGUGCUCUUCCGCAUGCUGCAGGACCCCGAGCCAAGCGUGCGUCAGGCCUCUCUCGACACCGUCGCCCGGCUUGCCGACGUCCUGCCUGACGACGUCAGCAAAGAGCAUGAGACCCUCAUGCCACUGCUUCUGAAGAACCUAGCUAGCGCCAUGCAAGGCUACAACGGCGAAGAGUCUGGCCCAGCAGUCGACAUGAUCAAAUCCGCACUUAGUGCAACUGAUACUGUCGUUGACGGUAUGGAAGGCAAGGAUGUGGCACCCUACCAAAGCGACCUCGUUCCCUUGUUGCAAAAGUUGUUCAAGCAUCCCGACUUCAAAAUCAAGGGCCACACUGCCAGUGCACUCGGGUCUGUGGCCUCUUCUGCGGGCGAGGCUUUUCUGCCUUACUUUGACGAGUCCAUGCACAUUAUGCAAGAGUUUGCUACUCUCAAGCACAGCGAGGAGGAACUCGAGCUGCGUGCCAGCGUUAUCGAUGCCAUGGGUGAGAUGUCUUCCGGCGCUGGACCGGAGCAUUUCAAGAACUAUGUCGGUCCAUUGAUGCAGGCCAGUGAAGAGGCACUGCAUCUCGACCACUCACGUCUCAAGGAGAGCACCUAUCUCUUCUGGGGCGUGAUGUCCAAGGUCUAUGGAUCGGAGUUCACCCCUUACCUUGAGGGUGUCGUCAAGGCAUUGAUCGCCUGUCUGGAGCAAAAUGAGACUGAGAUGGAAGUUUCUCUCGGAGAUGCUGCUAAGGACCUGGUUGGCCAGGAGGUCACUAUUGCUGGACAUAAGGUGCGCGUUGCUGGUGCUGAUGAUGAUGACGAUGAUGAGUUCGAGGACGAGGACGAUUGGGAAAACCUCAACACCGUCACGCCAGUCUCGCUAGAGAAAGAGAUUGCCAUUGAGGUUCUCGGAGACGUGAUCACCCACACUGGCAAGUCGUUUAUGCCCUUCUUCGAGAUGACCAUGCAGCACAUCCUACCACUCGCCGAGCACUCGUACGAGGGCGUGAGGAAGAGCGCAAUGUCGACCCUUCACCGAUCGUAUGCUGCCCUAUGGCAGGUCUGCGAGGAAACCGGGCAGAUGCAGAAAUGGCAGCCUGGCAAGAACAUGCCAUUGAGUGAGCCGCCCGCUGAGCUUAAGAAGCUAGGUGAGAUCCUGAUGAAGGUCACCCUUCAACGAUGGGCCGAGGAAGAUGAUCCUUCUGCGGUUUCUGAUAUUAACCGUAACUUCGCUGACAAUCUGCGCUUCUGUGGCCCCUACCUUAUCUCCAACCGUGAGAAUCUGGAAAAGGUCACGUCCAUGGUUACCUCGAUCAUCACCAAGCAGCAUCCAUGUCAGAUCGAGCUUGAUGCCACUGAGGAAGACAGAGAGCUCAUGGAAGAACUAUCCGAGUUCGACUGGAACGUCAUCGAUACCGCUCUCGAUGUUGUGUCAGGCCUCGCGAUCGCUCUCGGCGCCGAGUUUGUUGCCCUCUGGCCAACGUUCGAGAAAUAUGUCCUUCGCUUCGCCGCAAGCAGCGAGUCACUCGAGCGGUCGACCGCCAUUGGUGUCCUUGCCGACGUGAUUUCUGGACUCAGCAGCGCCGUCACCCCAUACACGGCCAACUUCUUGCGUCUCCUCACUCACCGUCUAACGGACGAGGACAUGCAGACCCGCAGCAACGCCAGUUACGCUGUUGGUCUUCUGGUCGAAAAAUCUGAAGCUGAUGCCGAACUCGUGGCUGCAUAUCCAACUAUCCUGGAGAAGAUCUCGAGCUGCCUUCAAAUCCAACAGGCAAGACUUCCCGACAAUGCUGCCGGAUGUCUUGCUCGCCUGAUCCUCAAACACCGCGAGAACGUUCCAUUGGAGGAAGUCCUACCUGCUUUGGUCGAAAUUCUCCCUCUGAAGAACGACUACGACGAGAACGAGCCUGUCUACAGAAUGAUCUGCCAACUCUAUAAAUGGGAAGACGCAACUAUCCGCCAGCUGACACCCCGUCUCCUGCCGAUCUUUGAGUCCGUCCUGACCGGAGAUAACGACCAGCUAGACGAGGAACGACGAACGGAGUUGAUUGAGCUUGUUUCGUGGCUGAACAAGAUGCAGCCGGGUGGAGCUGCUGCCUUCGUCGAGAAGCUUACCUCGUAA